AGGGCCUUCGCUUUCCCCCUUUUGCACGCGCGCACACACACGUAUACACACACACACACACAGAGAGACACACAAGCGGACGCAGGCACCCUCGCUCGCUCUCACUCACUCACUGACACACACACACACACGGACGUAGCCUCUCUCUCUCUCUCUCUCUCUCCUUUCCAUCUCUUCCUCUCUCUUUCUUUCCAUCCCUCCUUCUUUCUUUCUCAGCUCCCCUCUUCUUCCCCUGCUGCUCCUCCUCUUCUUCUUCCAUCACCGCCGCCGCCUCUUCCUCCUCCUCCUCCUCCUCCUCCUCCUGCCGCCACCGCCGCUCCGCCCGAGGCCUUUCCCUUCCCUCCGGAACCGAUUCGCCUUCCUCCCCCCCCCCCGGUGGCGGGAGGAGAGGGAGGGGCAGGCAAACGCUCGCUCGCAUCUUCCACCCUCCCCCCUCCGGCCUGUCUCUCUCUCUCUCUCUCUCUCUCUCUAUCUCUCUCUCUCUCUACCUCCCCCCCAUCUCUCCCUCUCUCUCCCCCCCACCUCCUCAACCUUGGCUCGGCGGAUCGGGGGCAAGGCCUGGGAGCGGUGCUGGGGGUGGCCUCGGACGCAGAGACGGGGCGGGCAAAGCUGGACUCGGACCCGAUGGCUCGUCCCAGGCCCCGUGAAUACAAAGCCGGGGAUCUGGUCUUCGCCAAAAUGAAAGGCUACCCGCAUUGGCCGGCCCGGAUUGAUGAACUCCCUGAGGGAGCUGUGAAACCUCCAGCAAAUAAAUAUCCCAUCUUCUUUUUUGGGACUCAUGAAACGGCAUUUCUGGGGCCUAAAGACCUCUUCCCUUACAAAGAAUAUAAAGACAAGUUUGGAAAAUCAAACAAACGAAAAGGGUUUAAUGAAGGCCUGUGGGAAAUCGAAAACAACCCGGGUGUCAAGUUUAGUGGAUACCAGGCUAUUCAGCAACAGAGCUCCUCAGAAACCGAAGGCGAAGGAGGGAACACGGCAGAUGCUAGCAGCGAGGAAGAAGGGGAUCGGGUAGAAGAAGAUGGAAAAGGCAAAAGGAAGAAUGAAAAAGCGGGCUCAAAACGGAAAAAAUCUUACACUUCAAAGAAAUCUUCCAAGCAAUCAAGGAAAUCUCCCGAAGACGAAGAUGAUAAGGAUUGCAAAGAGGAAGAAAAUAAGAGUAGCUCUGAUGCCGGUGAAGCAGGCAACGACACACGAAACACUUCUUCAGACUUGCAGAAAACUAGUGAAGGGACUUAACCAACAUAUUGACUGCUGCAUAUUAAGGGAAGACACAAGAAAGUGACAUGUUUGGUUGUUUAAUAUUCUUGGAUUUGAUUGAAGUCAGCACAUCUCUCCAUCAGCAGCAUAUAUGUUUGUAUGCACAUUUAGCCACAUUCCUACCCAUUCUGUUCUCAGCAGCAACUUUCAACAUCAUCCCCCCCCCCCCCCCCCAUCGACCCCCCCCCCCCCAACCAGGUCCUUUUCUAAAUGUCCUUUGAUUUAACUGCACAAAAAGGCUCUUUUUCAAGCAAGACCCACAACCGACAACGGCCAUUUUUAGAUAACUUCUUUUUUUUUUCUUGUUUCUUUUUUUUUUUUACAGAAAAAGAAGGGCAGCAUGUCUAAAUUUUAAACCGAAUCUUUUAAAAACUGCCUUUUAGAGAGUACAAAUUAAACGCUUAGAAAUAAAUGCCCUCUUCCUAACCAGUCACAAGGAUCUCUAUUCUGCUUAACAAAUCAUGACGUUUUAAAAAUUAACCCUUUAUCCAUUCGUUGUUCUGCAUUUUUCUUUUCUUUUUUUUUAAAAAAAGGGGGGGUUUAAAAACAAACAUGGCCAACUAGUAACUUAGGAACGCUGGUUUGUCUUGAGUAAUUUUUCUCCUCGCUGACAUCCGGCUGUGUUUUUUAGCAGAUUUGCUCGCAUUUUCAUUUUUUAGGGAAAAGGGGAGGGGGAAAAAACCCCAUGUAUUUUCAGCUUGUAAGAAAAAAAAGAUCCGCCAUCUCUCCUUGGAUUUUGUAUGCAUUAUGUAAAUGUACAUAUUUUGUAUGUAAAGCAAUGUGAAACUCCAAAUUUUGAACCCCCGAAUCAAGAUUCCAUCACAUUUCUAGAUCAUUGAAUUCACCGUAGGGAAAAACCAUUCCUAGCGGUCCUACUUUUUAAACUUCUGUCUGGAAAUUCAAUCGUUUCCCACCCCACCAGGAGUACAGAAGUUGGCCAUCUCUGUUUUUAAAACCUCACAAAAUGUACUUGAUUUAUUAUCAUUAUAAAGAAAGAAAAGUCAAUAAUUGUAAGAAAGUACCUUUCCUUAUUAGAACGCUCUAGCUUAGCUAUACUCUUAAUCCUUUUCAAGAUCAUGACGUAACGUAAAUUUCUCUAACUUAGUUCCUAUAUGUGGAGUUAGUAAAAAGUCUUUUGUGUUUCUCUAGAUGAAUAACAAGGAACUUUUUUUCAGGUCCCAAUACAAAUCGGAGCUUAUUGUGUUUUGGGGACGCCUUCCAUUUUUAAGCUUAAUUGUGAUACUGAAAGGCCAAUGGGAAACAAAGCCAAAACAUCCGAUUAAAAUAUAAGAAUAACAGAUAUACUGAAAAGCUUAAAAAACACACACAAAAAAAGGGGGAAAAUAAACCCUGUCAUUUUUCUGUUUUGUUCCUGUUUUGUUUUGUUUUCUACUCUCAAAACUAGAUCUAGACUAGUAGAUAAGCAUUCCAGAUUCCAUUAUUCUGUGUACAUUAUUGUUGCUAUUGUGAGAAUAGAGAAUUUUAUUUAUUUUUUAAGGCCAGCUUUUAUUGUGAAGACCAUAUGGGUUUAGUCCGGUUUUAUCAACCCUUGUUAUGCUCGUCCUUGAACCAUCUUUCUGCGUACUCGAGGUUUGUAGUUGAAAAGUUUACUGUACAAAAAAAAAAAAAGGAAAAAAAAUCAAAAAACAAAAAAACUAUUGUUUUUACAGAAUAAAUUUAUUGGAAUGUGUAUCUGGGAGUAAGGGUUUGAGGUUGUAAGCAGCUGAGUUAGCGUCAUAUUUGGCUUCAUAAUGUGUAAUGUGAGGUAUUCAUGUAACUCGAGUAUUAAAGCAACGCAUUCUGUUAA